UGAUAUACUCAUGCUGUGCUGAUUUAGUCCCUUGGUCUGGAUAUUAGUUAGUAUAUAUAAAAGAGUGAGUAUGCAGUGGGUUUCCUAGUUAAAGAUUGCAAUGACCAAAGGCAGAACCAGAUUGUGUUGCUGAAUCAGAACCCUUGACAUGAUCCAUAUAGCUUUCAGCUUAUGCUCUUAUUUUGGGUUAUUUGUCUUCUUUGGAAAUAUAACACUAAGUGUUGCCAUCUUCAUUUAUAACAUCUUAUGGGUAGCCCUCUGAUUGUUGGUUUUGAUAAGAAGAAAGAGAACGGACGAAAAAGGAAAAACCCAACUUAUGGGUAGCCGAGUGAAUGCAUCACAGAGAAGCUUUACAGAGUGAGUUCGCUCCGAAUCCUGGAGAAUCCCCAGAUGCAGCAAAGAAUAAAAGGAAGCUUCAAGGAGUUCAAGAGAUGAACUUGAUACCAGCCCAAAUUAGACAUGUAGGUGAAGUCAGUAGUGGAGUGAUUAUCAAGCAGUCUACAGAUUUAAGCACCAGUUUGAGGUUUUGCAGGGUUGAGAAUUCCAAGACAGCAAGACUAUACAACUUUAGAAGAGACUGAUAGCUUUAUGGUAGUAUCUUUAAUACAAUUAGCAAAUACUCUUCCUUUUCAUAGGAUUCAGUUACCCAACUGUCAUAUCACUUAGGUGCUUAUAUUUUGAAGAAUAUAUUUAGUGUAGAGUU